AUGCAGCCUUCCACGAGGCCAUUGACUCACCAGCGUUCUCCCAUGUCGAGCUCCGCAUCCUCGGCCCUCACCGGCCGCCAGUCCCACGCCCGAACCAACUCGCACUCGCACUCCCUCCUCGCCGGUGCCCUCAAUCCGACACACCGAAUAACUCGCCGAAAAUCAAUCACCACCCCGGGCGCCAAUGUCGCUGCUCUGGCGGCCGCAAUUCGAGAGACUGAGCAGGGCGGCGCCAUUCCGAUUACAAGCGGGGGAAGGCGGAACACCAUCACCAAGCACACCACCGUCCGGGCUGGCCUGGUUGACAGCCUGCCCUCACCGCCCGCCAGCCUGCCCAACAAGUCAGCGCUGCUGGAUGCGAAGCGAGAAGCCCAGGAGAGCGCCAUCGACGACGAUUCCAACGAGCUUUCGAGCGACGAGGCGGCCGCCAAAUUCGACCAAACCCGCAUAAGACGAGCCAGUGACGGUCAACCUCUCACCAAGGAUGGCAAGAAGAGCAACCGCGUAGAGGUUCGCUGCGAAACUUGCGGCAAAGGCUACAAGCACAGCAGCUGUUUGACGAAGCACCUAUGGGAACACACCCCUGAGUGGUCCUACACCUCCAAGUUGCUCAUCUCAAAGCACCAACAGGUACAGCUGCUUGAAGCCGCAUCUGUUUUGGUCGCAAUGAACGGCAACCCCGACGAGAGAUCAGUCACUCCUCCAGACUCUGCCAGGGACUUUGCGAGCGAGCCAGAGACGGCAUUGCCCGCUGCUUCAGGCUACUCGGAGCAGGCUGAUGGUCGGAGCUCCGCUGAUACUACCCCACCGCCGACUGCCGAGGACGGCCCUACUUUUGAUACCACCGCUUAUCGUGAGAAGCGCUUCAGCUCUGGCAGCAUCUUCUCACGAAGCUUCCAAUCCCCGCAGCCGCAAAACCCUCUCCUUCGCGGCAGCAUUCCCAACCUAAACGGAUUCGACCACGUUCGCAGUGGUAGCAUCGAUCUGCAGCCCGAUGCUAUGAUUGGUGAGGACGACCAUGAGUUGGCCGCCGCUGUCGAGCUGUUGAGCUGCAGCUUUGGCAGCAACAAUGGCUCGCGAAACGUUGUAACAACAGUUGCUGAGGACGCACCACCUGUGCCCCCCGUCCCAGCCCAAUUCCUGGACCAAGCUGCAUCCUUUGUAAGCACCGGCUUCAUCAACAGCUUCCCUAGCAGACAGCCAGAAAGCUUCACCCGUGGUGAGAUGCGCCGCGGAAGUGAAGAUGUCAAGAUGGAGGACAGCGAAGACGAUUUCGACAUGCGGUCUCGCGCCCGCAGCGACGAAGAUGACGACGGAGUUUUUGGCCGCAUGGAGGACAUUCUACUACCUACUGCUACAACCACUCCGACUCUGUCCUCUUUCUUCCCUCUCUUGAACAGAACAAAGAUGCCGACGUUACGGCGAGCGCACAGAGGCGAGGCUGCACGGGCAGCGCCCGGAAACGAGGUCGCGGAGGAUUUGAUUGAUGAUACGGUCACACCGGAGAAGCCAAGAGACGGCAAGGCUGUCGCAAAGACAACACCGAAGCGUCGCGGUGGCGCUGAUGAGGUCGAUGAUGUUGUCGCCACUACUCCCGCAAAGGAUGGAGAGACAAAGGCGGCGCGCUCGGCUAGGAUCCCCUCGUUGGUGGUAUUCCCGCUCGUGGCGGGUAUUAGCUUCAUCACGGCGAGUCUCGGGUACAGCGUGGUGGCUGAAUUGACAAACCGGGAGUUGGCGACGGUGAGCCGAAGCCAGGAGACGCCAGAGGAGAUUUAUAUUCUUGCUGGCUGGAGGGUGUUUGAGCUUGCGCUGAGUUGGUUCGGCGGACUGGACGGUUUGGAUGUUGCGAUGAUGGAUUUCCUGUCCCAUGGACCGGCGAUCUACCUCUUGUUCGCAUUUUACAACCUCAGCCCACAAACCGCCAUUGCUGCCCUCGCCGUGGACGUCGUCUCUGCGUCGGUCCCCUUUUCUCUUCUGCGACCUUUUUCGGCAGUCCACAAUCCAUCUUCGAAGCUGCCUAACCGCGAGCUCAUUGGAUUCCCUCAGCAGCUGCUCACCACGGGCCUCUCAACGAGCAUAUACACCGUCAUCCUGGCUCUGUCGCUGCGAUUCCUGCUGCCCAAGAUCUUUGUCCUGCACUUUGCAGGCAUCCGCAGCCUCGAAUCUGCAUACGCGGCGUCUUACGCUACUGUGCUGCCCGUGACGCUGCUUUUCGGCGCCGCUGCAAGUACCUUCAUUUUCCCGCCGUUUGCCACAGCUGGCAAGACAAAGGAAGACGAACGUGUCAUCAACUUCGACCCCGUUGAGGCCAGUCUUGGAGAGACUGUGUGGUGGAACUUCUUUGGUUAUACGACCAAGGCCAAGGUUGCCAUUUUACGCACAGCGAUGACUCUACUGGUCACGGGAGUCAACACGUACCUCUCUUGCGCCAUGACCAUUCCUGGCGUUGAGCAGACCGGGGCUGCUGCAUAUGCCGCGGUGUGGGUGUUUGCGGCUCUAUGCACAGGCCUAGGCCUGGGAUUCGUGGGACGCGAUUAG